CUGAAAUAAUAAAUUUAAAAUCAUGGUACUCUUCAGCACAAAAAAUGUCCAAUUAGAUGAGGAGAACAAGAAAGCUCUUCAUAAUUAUCAAUAUAAGGGAGGAGAUAAUGGAAUCUCAUACAAAUAUUUCCAUUCACCAGUAGCAGAGUUCUUCGUCAAAUUUGUACCAGGCUGGGUUGCCCCUAAUGUUAUCACUUUUGCUGGAGCUCUUUGCUUGGUAAUCCCUCAUAUUGUAUCAUUAGUUCUAUACGGGCCUGCCUUCGAAGGAGAGACAGAGCAGUGGGCUGCCUUAACAGUUGGAAUAAUGCACAUGGCAUACAUUACUUUAGACAAUAUGGAUGGAAAGCAUGCCAGAAAUACAAAGAAUUCCUCCCCUCUUGGGCAAAUGUUUGACCAUGGAUGUGAUGCUAUCACUUUUAGCCUAGCAGUCUUUACACUUGCAAGAUACAGGCAAAUAGGGUCUGGAUACUUAACCUUUGUGUUUGCUAUCUUAGCACCUACAGGCUACUUCAUGUAUAACAUUAAGGAAUUCUAUAUGGGAGAGUACUACCUACCAAUAAUCAACCCAGUAUCAGAAGGAAGCCUUCUUGAGUUUUUCUUCAGCGCUUAUUGUGCUUCGUUCCAUUGGGAAGAAUGGAGUAAACCAAUCAUUUUCGGCCUUAACAGGGGCCAAGCAUAUGCAGCCUUUUUUGUAAUCUUUCAGAUUUAUCAGAACAUUGAAAUGAUGUUUGAAAUUAUUAAUGCAAAGAAAUAUGAAAGAAAGUUUGAGAACAAGAAGUUUUACAUACAAUUUUCCUCAUAUUUCCUCCUUGUUGCAUUAUGAAUCGUAGCCACAUUUGUGAGUCCCAAUGACAUAAUUCACCACCCAAUAGAAGGAGGUAGGAGUAUUAUUUAUAUCAUAAUCUUCGGUAGUUCCUACCUAGUGCUGCACCUAAUGUUCGGACACUUGGCUAAUAAGGAGUUUUACCCAUACAGCACGCCUCCUUUCGUGAUUUCCAUCUUCUCAAUAGUCGGAGGGAUAGUAGCAUCAAUCUUCUGUCCUGAGAUAUUUGGCACUUAUGAGUUCUACUUCUGGUACAUCAUUGCCGCUUACUUAUUGAUCAACAGCCUAACUUGUUUCUGAUCAAUCAUUGUUAGUAUGGAGAACUGAUUUGGAAUCAAGGCUUUCAAGGUAAAGCCAAAGGAAAAGACUCAGUAAAU